GAAUAGUAAUUAUCAUUUGUUAAUCGUUGCCGAUAUUUUGAUCUUGAAUAUUUGCUACAUUAUGUUUCUCACGGAGGAAAUGAGGUUAAACAACAAAACAAUUGUAUCUCAGGGAAAGUCCAUUGGGAAUUUGCAACUACUUGAUUCGCUAAAUGGACGAAAACGACUUGAGGAAUCAAUAUUAGGGAUUGUGGAGUGUACGUACGUUUCUCAUCCAAAUGAAUCACAAUCCGAAGUUCCCAUGCUCAAUUGGAAAACAACCAGAUGGAAAUUCGUUCUCAUGUCAAAAGUCAUCUGGAUAACUAAUGGCUGCCAACAAUAUUUAUCAAUAUUUGCAUUGAUAAUGGCUUCAUUUUCAAGAAUAAUUUGCAUUUAUGUACGAGAAACGAAUCAUAUCAUGCCGAGGCUGUGUUGCGUGGCGGAGUCUGAUGCGAUUCAGGCUGUCGUCGAAUACAUUGACAAUUUCCGCACAAAUGAAUUUCCUACGAAUUGGGCAUGUUUAUGAAUCAUCUUCGUCGGUCU